AAGCUUAAACCAAAUGGGAGUUCAUCGUUCAUUACUUGUUUUUGCAAUUGCUGCUUUGAUGGCUCCGUCGAUAUCAAUGGCUACGGAAUUCGUAGUGGGCGAUGAUCAAGGCUGGGGUUUAGGAAUCGAUUACGAUGCAUGGGCUCAAGGCAAACAAUUCUUUGUUGGAGACAACCUCGGUCUACUUUUCUAUCCAAAAUUAUUUAUAAUAAUUUUUUUCCGAAUAAUACAUGUGCAUGUUUUCAAAUACAAGGCUGGAUAUCACAACGUGUACAAAGUGACCGGAGAUGAAUUCCAAGACUGCACUGUUCCAUCAAGCAAUAGCUCCGGCUCAUUCUCCGGGAACGACAAAAUCAAAUUGGCGACCGCCGGGAAUAAAUGGUACAUUUGCGGCGUCAACGGCCAUUGCCAGUCAGGACAAAAGCUUACGAUCACGGUGCUACAGGGUGCUGCCCCAGCUCCAGCUCCAGCUCCAGCUCCAGUAGCUCCUGGUCCUGCUUCAAGUUUUCAAGCGGCUGAUUUCGAGAUCCUUUUAGGAUGAUCUUCGACAUUGCCGAUACAGUCGUAUUUAAUUAACUAGAACAAUAACCGAUUUUGAAUUGGAAUUAUGAUUGUUCCUUAUUUCUCU